AUGAGUGAGAGAAAUUUGAGACCUGGUCUUGGGAGGAAGAAGGGACUAGUACGAAACAGAAAAAUAAAUUCGUGUAAACGGUGCUAUGCAUCGAAAAGGAAAUGCGACAAACAGAAGCCGACUUGUUCCAGGUGCAAAUCACUAACGGUGGAUUGUGAAUAUUUUCCUGAGAAUGACAAAACCUUAAACCCAUCUUUGCAUUUUGAAAAACAUGAAGGUUCCAAAAACGUUCAAAGCUUCUCUUCAACAUCUGUAAAACCUUCAUUGAAGAACUUGCUGAAUACGGAAAUCAACCCCCAACCGAGUAAGCAAGAGAACCAAAAUUUCACAUUAAUUAUAAGCUCAACCGGUGAAUAUUCCAAGUUCUUUCCCACUUGUACGUUCCCCUUUCAUGACCAUCAAGCUAAUCUGUCGAUGGUUUUGAACUUCAAUGAUGCGGAACAUAGAAAGUCUGCUGUUUUUGACUUUUCAAUGUUGGCGCCCUCUAUCCGUUCUAUGAAUGCUAUUAAACUAAAAAUUCCUUCAAAACAUAUAUGUGAUUAUCUGGUUGAGCACUUUGAGAAGUUUGUUUUCCCGUUCGUUCCAAUUGUUGAUUUCUCCGAAUUCAAUUAUGAAUACAAGGAAUAUUGGAAAAACCCGACAAAGUACGACAAUAACAACUUUCUUAUUCUUCUUUUUGCAUUAUUAUUUUGCAGUUGCACCAGUAUUCAUUUUAUUAACGAAUUGAUUAGAUUGGGCCUUUAUAAAGGGACAAUUCCAGAAGUGAUACAAAAAAUUGACCUAAUUAAUCUCAGGAGACAAUGUUUCUUUUGUAUUGAGAAUAUCAAAAAUAAACUUAAUUCUGACUCUACCCCAUCAGUAUCAUUAAUAGUAUGUUUGUCUUUGAUAUAUUACGUUGGUUCUUCAAAUGGUCUUACAGCAACAUUGCCAAUAUCAAAUCUUGUUAAAUAUUCUCAAAUUUUUGGCCUUCACAGAAGGAUUGUAAACACAGAAGAGUUGGCAACCCGAGAUAUAAUUUACAGUAUAGUCUGGUUCUUGGAUAGCCUGUCUGCUUAUUAUUCAGGCUUCCCUCCAAACAUGUAUGGUGAAAUAUUUCAUAGUGAUUUCUCCAACUUGUUUCUAUCAAAUGAUCCAAAUAUUCUAUUUUUAUCCGCAAGGGUUGAAAACUCUAAAAUAUGGAAUCGGAUACUAUAUGCCUUCAAUAAAAUCAAAAAGUCGGACUUUGAGGAGUUUCAAAAUGUUGAAAAUUCGUAUCUAGAUUCUAUCGUCCUAGUCAACUCCAUCAAUUAUAAAAUACUGGCCAAUCCUAAGUUCAGUGAGGAUUACAAAAAGUGGCUGGUCACCGAGACAAGAUUGGGGCUUAGGAAGUCUGCUUUGAUGCUAAGUGCACUGAGAUGUUCCUUGGAUUACAGGGAUAAAAAUAAUUUCAACGGCAAUAUAACCACAGAUUUGGUUCUACAUGCCAUGUUAUUGAUAAACGAGUCAAUAUAUAAGGUGAAGUUAGGACUCGAGGUCAUGGCUGAAAGUAUCUGGUAUUAUAGAUUUGCUAUCCCAUUCCAAGCAAUGUACAUUGUAUUAUCUCACGUGAAAAAGUAUCCUAAAAUUCAGUUGAAUUUUUCAAUGAUUGAUGAUGAGUUGGAAUACACAUCUGUCGACAAGUUUGUGACAUUUAGCUAUAAUGAAGGUGACAUACGAAUGCGUCUAGUUGAAGAAGCUAUAGGUACCCUUAGUUUUCUUACCCAUUUUUGGCAUGCUUCUCACGUUGACAGAUUUGAAAGUAUCAUCAAAUUUCGAGAUUAUAUAAUGGAGACGGUUAAUGGAGAAGAUUCAAUGCAAAACCACAUGGCAAGUACCAUAAACUCUGAACAAGACACCAAGGGAAAGGAUACCCCUCAAAAUCCGACUAUGGUCAAUAUUCGGGAACUACAGGAGUAUUUGGAAGAUGCCUAUGCGUUUUUAGAUGAAAGUUCGCAGUUUUGGUACGGGGAUUUACGAUCAGAAUAG